AUGAGCGGGAUUGAAUUCCGGAAGCUAUGCGACCAAAACAUAAGCAGAUUCGAGGCAGCAUUCCGAGCAGCGGCAGGUGAAGGUGUGCCGCCCCUCGAAGUUACACUGGCAGAAAGAGAAGCUGUAGACUCCAGUCAACUCAAUAACUUGUUCAUCGAAAGUCCCAGAAGACAACCUCCAAGAGCGCGCAAGCCUCCUGUAGUGCAGUCAGACUCAUCUUUGUCUUCUUCUGAGGAAGCAGAGUUGACGGAUGACUCAUUAUUCGAUGAGAUCACGAUGACCUCAAAGAAGACAAAGCACAAGUCAACUAGUGCAGAUGGCGCUGGUACUGAGCGCCGGCCACGUCGAAAGUCAGCUCAGUCAGCCAGUGAAGCACUGAAACGUGCUACAACCACUCCAAAGCGGAAGUCAGCUACUAAGCCGAGCCCAGCUAAGCCUUCGCCAUCGGAAUCAAUUCCACAUUCUCGGACCGGACAUGUCGACCCGGUCCCCACGCAACGGAGGGCGAGUACCACCAGUGAGCUUGCAAGCGGUGCUACAGGUUCUGCCAAUAUAACUCCGGCCCGCGCAAAUCCCGGUACUGCGAAGAGAUCAGUCUCAUUUACUACGCAGGUCAGUCCUAGUAAUAUCACAUCCGAUACAGGAAAGAAUGGCGCCAUCAAGUUCAUGAACCAACCGAAACCUCCGCCUCGCCAGAUCUCUGAAUUGAACAAGACCCAUUUCCGCAACCUUAAAGGACGAGGGGCGGCGAAUAAGAAGUCUGCCAGGGAGGGUACACCUGAUCCUUCGGCUCUACAGAUUGUCAACGCCCCACCCGGUACCACUAUCUCGCUCCCGCGCGCACCACGCGAUGAUCUAUACGGUCGUCGUGAGCCUAGCCAUAGGCGACCCACAGAAGACUCCAACAGCGACGUUCGCCCAAGCCGACAGUCUACUGACGGUAACCUACCUUUGGAAGACUGGGAAACCCACAAAGUCCCAUUAGUAUGCUACUCUUGGAGGCUUAGCCGUGAUUGCCCGAGAGGUCCCAAAGAAUGUCGCUUCAUGCAUAGAAAUAAGGAUGAAAAUGGCCGUGACUAUCCCUUGGGGGAUAUGCAAGGGUUCAUACCUGGUAAAUAUCGCAGGCCACCACUCACCUGUCCCUAUUGGCUGAACCAUGAACGGGGCUGCAUAAAGUCUGCCGAACAGUGUAAUUACGCUCACUACAACACUGGGUGGAUGAAGCACACUGAUCCUAAAGUUCCCGAUGUGCGAAUUGAUCCUGAGAAGCGGCCGGAGUUCAAUGGUGGAGAAAGUCAGUCUGGAGACAGGCUCACCAAGAAAGCGUUGGCACCGAACCAACUUACGUGCUGGUACUGGAAAAACACUCAAUGUCGUAAGUCCGACCAGGAUUGUGCCUUCCAACAUUAUGAUACUGGUAUCGUCGCGGAUGGGCCACAUGAUUCUCGUCAGAAGCCUGUUCGACCGGCGGAUGGGUCUGAUGAAUCUGAUGCGUCUGUCCAUAUGGACAUCGAUGAUGUUGCUCAGCCGGACGUUGCCGAUGAAGUAACACGCUCCCCUUCUCCCAUGCCACUCGAACAACCGUUCCAGCCGCCACCUCCUCCACCCCCACCUAUGGAAUUCCCUCCUGUCGAUAUCAGAUGCACGGAGCUGCAAGAGAGAAUAAGCGCAGUCAGUAAGCUCGACUUCGAAGACAUGUUUGCGACCAACGAUGGUGAAACAACCAUCGAUCCGGUAGAAAGGAGGGCUUUCUUGUUCUUUCACCCUGAGGAUCACUUUGUGGAGUUUGAAAUCAUCACUCGAUGGCUCUUGAUGCAUCAUGUCCAAGUCGGCAGUGCGAGCUAUGCAGGCGGAUGGGCAGAUUUCCAGCAACAAAUCCUGAAAGGAGGAACGGGUAUUAUCAUCGCGCAUCCCGACUUUGAGUACUUCACAGGUAUUCCCGGAUUCGGCCAAGUCCUCCGUAGAGGAGUGCGUCUCUGGUCGGUCGGGCUUCAACCAGGUAUAGAAUACGACUAUGCUUCAGAUGAGACACCUGUGCUCCGGAAUGAUCGCAUUGAGAUAUUUCCUGUUGGUGGAUUUAUCUACAUCACGGACGAAGUCUUCGAAGCGAUGCCAAGAUAUGCUCUGGGCAUCAUCAGGCUCUUCUUGGCGAAAAUCAAGAAGCUCCAGGAACUCGCAGGUCCAUCAGCUCAUUGGCCAGAGAUCGUCGAGAACAGCCUGCUCUGGCGUCUGUGUGUCCGUCCGGAACUGAUGGAGCAUCUGUUUGCCUACUGCGAAGAUCAAGCAACCGAGCUCCAGGCUGGUGAUGCUGAUGUACAGAGUGCCGCGGAGCUCUACUCCCUCCUCACGAACCCCAACUACAUCGAGCAAGACAGUCCCGACGCCCCUUUCAGCCUAAAAGCCGACAAACACCCCAUCCUCUCCGAGCGCCGUGCAAUCGCAGAAUGCGAACCCGUCGACUACUUCAACACGCUCAAACGUAGCCAGCAAGCCGCAAAUCUGAACAUGAUACGCUACUACGCUGGACUGCAAGUCGAUAUGCGCCGCGACUACCGCCACUUCUACGUCGUACAUACCGAGCCGACGGCGUCGUAUGUGAAGGAGUGGAAGCAGGAAAUCCAGACUAUUGCUGAAGUCAUCACACCUGGGCAGUGUAUCAAGGAGUUCAAGAAGAGUGGGCAGGAUAGCAUGUUUAAUUUCUUUGAGGACGUAAUGGCAGGGGAUGUUGGCGAGAAGGGAGCGGACAAGGACGGCGACGCGACGCGCACGGGCUAG